GAAACGGUAGAUUUGGAUUUGCGGAUAUGAUUUUUGGUGAUGUUAAUUAUUCAAUAAUUGAAUUAAAAUACGUCAAUAUCUUAGGUUUAAUAGAGGCGACAAAAAAUGAUUGGAAUGUAUCUCCAUGUACGAAUGAUUUAUAUCUGUUAGGAUAUCCAAAAUUUAUACGCUUGGUCCUGGCUAGAAAACUUAAAUCAAGAAAAAUGGACGAGAAAGAUGGUAAGAGAGUUCAUAGAACCUUUCAGGAAUCCAAGACAGGAAUAUAUACUCCGUUUGGUGUCGAGGGGAAGAUGCCCUUCUUUGGACAACCGUUCUGA